AACGAUACCCUCGCAACCCUCCCUUCUCUCUCUGUUUCGUCCAAAACCAUCACCUUCGUCACCGAAACCCUCGUGAUACUGUCGCAGCUGGAGCUACCUGGGAACUCAACGACCGGGUCGCGGCUUACAGAGACCAUAAACUCCCAAUUUUCUCCUCCUACCGCUCCUCCCCCGCCCGAAACCAUUAAGGAAGAAAUUUCUUGUGCCAGGUGAAGCGAGCAAUGUUGGAUAGUUGUGAAAAUGUUAUGGGGACUCCUCCCCCUUCCAUGCUAAAUAAUUCCAGCAUUAGAGGCCCUAAAUCCAGCAUUUCACCAUUGUUUUCUUCUCCAUCGAGGUUGUGGAGACCAGAGGCUCAGAGAAACGUAAGAAAUCAAUGGUCUAAGCUCCUCUCGAGCAAGAACCAGUGGGAGUCAGCUGCUCUGGAGGGGAGAUUACAUGCCACAGAACUUGUUAAUGCCUUCCUUAAUCGAAGGUACUUGCCAGAGAUGAAUUUGGGUGCUCUUAAGGAGAUUCAAGGAAUUAGAGAGAAAGCUUGUAAGAAGUUGGCUCAUAAGCAGGAUUUGUGCCGAAGCAAGCUUUUAUCUUCCUACAAGGACAUGGUAAUUGCUGUUAAUAAUUUGGGUAAAGCAUCGUGCUCAAUGAGAUGUUAUCUGAAAGGGUCAGCUUCCAACCAAAUUCUAAAAUAUUCUGAUCACCAAGAGGAUCCUAAUGACUCUGGCGAUGGCGGCGGAGUUCCUGUUUUUUUUUCACUUUCGAUGUCAACCUUAGAGGAUCUGGCACGUGAACUUGUCAAUUAUUUCAUGAGGGAACUUAGCUUGAAGCGUUUUCUUGUAAUCGCUCUUCUAUCCAUCGAGAGCACGGAAGGAGGGGAAGAAGAUGUAUUAGAUUGGGCAGAUGAGCUUUAUGACGGAGAAUUUGAUGACUUGAGAUCCAUUGGAAUGCUUAAACAACAUAAUUGUCAUUUAGCACCCCCGCAAAUCAAGGAUUAUCAAUCAAGUGAUCCUUUAAACAAGAUAACUAUAAAGUCUUCAAACCAUAAUUCCUUAGAGGUGUUCCUAACCACAUGGAUUUCUGAUGCGAAUAUCGAUGUGCAUAGGGUCAAGAAAAUAUUUUCAAUUGUUGAAGAGGAAAUGCAUGCCAAGCUUUUAUGAUAAGUAUCAUGCAUCUCAUAUGAUAUUUCAAGGUGAUUUUUUUUAGAUCAUU